CUAGGCGACAUCUUCGAAGUUCAACAAAACAAAGCUCUCUUAUAACUCCUUAGUUAUCUCCGCCUCUCAGCCAUAGAUCCUAUAAAAUUACUGGUUUCUGCUCCUCAUUUCUCUCAUUUUCAAUCCCCAACCGGUAGAAAGUUCCGUCAUUUCUCGCCAUGUCGCAAUCUAUUCAACUCUUCACUCAUUCCUCCAACAUUACUCUUCUUAAACCCAAACACAAUCACGCUCUUUUAACAGCUUCCCCUCGCCGCUUACACGUCAACACCACGAAACGACGCUCUGUCGAAAUCAAAGCAUCCGCGUCAUCCUCUCCAGAUCCGAAAGUUUUACUCACUCACAAUGGAGCGCCCGAGUCUGGGCCACACGUGGCCAAAACACAAUCGUUUUUUUCUGAUUCCUCGUCUAUCGAUGUCGAUGCUGUGACGGAAGCGGAAUUGAAGGAGAAUGGUUUUAGGAGCACGAGGAGGACGAAAUUGGUGUGCACGAUCGGACCGGCCUCUUGUGGCUUUGAGCAGCUGGAGGCUUUGGCCGUGGGGGGGAUGAACGUGGCGAGAAUCAAUAUGUGCCAUGGCACGCGCGAGUGGCACAAGCAAGUGAUUGAAUGCGUUAGGAGGUUGAAUGAAGAGAAAGGUUAUGCGGUGGCGAUUAUGAUGGACACUGAAGGUAGUGAGAUUCAUAUGGGCGAUCUUGGCGGUGCUCCUUCUGCUAAAGCUGAGGAUGGUGAGAUCUGGACUUUUAGUGUCAGAGCUUUUGACGCACCUCUUCCAGAACGCACUAUCAAUGUCAAUUAUGAUGGAUUUGCUGAGGAUGUGAGGGUUGGAGAUGAACUCCUUGUGGAUGGUGGAAUGGUGAGGUUUGAGGUGAUCGAGAAGAUCGGUCCAGAUGUCAAAUGUCGUUGCACCGAUCCUGGAUUGUUGCUACCACGAGCUAAUUUAACAUUCUGGAGGGAUGGGAGUGUUGUACGAGAGCGUAAUGCAAUGCUUCCCACAAUUUCUUCUAAGGAUUGGUUGGACAUUGAUUUUGGAAUUGCAGAGGGAGUUGACUUCAUUGCCAUCUCAUUUGUCAAGUCAGCUGAAGUGAUUAAUCAUCUUAAGAGCUAUAUCGCUGCACGACCUCGUGAUAGUGAUAUCGCUGUAAUUGCAAAGAUUGAAAGUAUUGAUUCAUUGAAGAACUUAGAAGAGAUUAUUCAAGCAUCUGAUGGAGCUAUGGUUGCAAGAGGAGAUUUGGGUGCCCAGAUACCAUUGGAACAGGUUCCAUCAGCACAGCAAAGGAUUGUUCAGGUGUGCAGGCAGCUGAACAAGCCAGUUAUUGUUGCCUCUCAGUUACUUGACUCUAUGAUUGAGUAUCCUACACCAACCAGAGCUGAAGUAGCCGAUGUUUCUGAAGCAGUUCGACAGAGGGCAGAUGCUCUGAUGCUCUCUGGUGAGUCAGCUAUGGGCCAGUUCCCGGAUAAGGCAUUGACUGUUCUUAGAAGUGUCAGUCUCAGAAUUGAGAAGUGGUGGAGAGAAGAGAAACGCCAUGAAGCUAUGGAACUCCCUGAUAUUGGAUCCUCCUUUCCAGACAUUAUUUCAGAAGAAAUUUGUAAUUCUGCUUCUGAGAUGGCCAAUAAUCUAGAGGUAGAUGCACUUUUUGUGUACACAAAGACAGGCCACAUGGCAUCUCUCUUGUCACGUUGCCGACCUGACUGCCCGAUCUUUGCAUUUACAACCACAACAUCUGUGAGAAGGCGCCUGAAUCUGCAAUGGGGUUUGAUACCAUUCCGCUUGAGCUUCUCUGAUGAUAUGGAAAGCAACCUUAAUAAAACUUUCUCUCUUCUCAAGGCCAGGGGUAUGAUCAAAUCAGGUGACCUUGUUAUUGCGGUUUCAGACAUGUUGCAGUCAAUCCAAGUUAUGAAUGUUCCUUGAGUCUAACUUCUCUUAAGAUUGAAAGUGUUUCUAGAUUAGUCAAAUCAAUUUUGGCCAUCGUGCCCUUCCUCGUUCAAUAUCUUGGUUAUUGGUUGAAAGAAAAUGAUUACCGUAGAGGCUACACAGCCGCCAGAUGAGCUUCUGGAGUUACUUCAGGUGACACAAUUUAUAUACUCUGUUUUUAUAUUAGUUAGGGUGAGGGUGAUAUCUGCAAAAUGUGCUUAAUAAAAUCAGAUCUGUAAUUCUUUUUGCUGUUUUAUUUUUCUGUGUAAGAGCUGUUGCACUGUGAUUCUGUUAUGUUUGCUUAAAUUUAAAGCAAUACACGUCUCCGAGCACUUUCAAA